UCAUCCAAAUACAUUUCACACACACACAUCCAAACUUAAUUAAUCAACAGAAAGGAGAAACAUUAUAUAUUCUUUACAUAACAGAUUCAAUUCACAUUAAAAAAAUCAUGAGAUCACCAACUAAGACCAUAACAAACAGAUCAGUUAGAGACGCCGAGUCUGAGUUGAACUUACCACCUGGUUUUCGUUUUCACCCGACCGACGAGGAGCUCAUUGUCCAUUAUCUAUGUCGUAAGUCACAGUCGACGUCUGGAACCGCCGCUAGUACCGUCCCCCCACCAUUGUCGAUUAUAGCGGAUAUCGAUCUUUACAAACACGAACCAUGGGAACUUCCUGAAAUGGCGUUGUUUGGAACAAAGGAAUGGUACUUUUUUACACCAAGAGACAAGAAAUAUCCGAAUGGGUCCAGACCGAAUCGAGUAACAGGAAACGGGUAUUGGAAGGCAACAGGAGCGGAUAAGCCCAUCAAGUCUAAAUCCGACCCGAAUACGACUGUUGGGAUCAAGAAGGCCUUGGUUUUUUACUCCGGAAAAGGGACUAAAGGAAUCAAGACAAAUUGGAUCAUGCAUGAAUAUAGACUGAUCACCAAUAGUCUUGCCACUACUUCUUCCAACAAUAAGUUGGAUGAUUGGGUACUUUGUCGUCUAUACAACAAGAAGAACAACCCGAAAGAGAUGAUCAUACCAAAAGACGCUAAAACUACUCAUGAUACUACUACUCUUCCUACAUUAAUAUUGUCAGAUGAUCAGUUACAAAUAAAAGGGACUAGUUAUAGUAGCAACAACAGCGACAGUUUGAAUAAUUCGUUCGAAUAUUGCUCGGAUGAUGGGUUUAGUGGUAGCCUUGAAGGUGAUGUCAUUUCGCACGAAUCGACGCAUAAUCAACCUUUGACGACGAAAGUCCAAGGUACAAGCCACAUGGCAGGAGUAGUAACGGGGAAUUUGGAUGAAAAUGGAAAUGAUUGGUUUGACAGUUUGAGUUUGGAGGAUUUGCAUAAUUGUUUGGAAGCAAUGCCUCCUAAUAAUCAUGACUACAUUUAUGAAGAAAUGCCAAUGUUUUAUUAUUCCCCAAAUCAACAGCAUUUUCCCCAAUAGGAUUUUGAUCAUUUUAGGAUUUUUUUAAGUGUUAGAUCAUGGAGUUUCAGAGCAAAUAUGGUUUAUUAUUCUUUUUUGUAAAUACACAAGGCUAGAUAUAUCUUGUGAUAUACAAUCAUAUAUUCUUUUUUUCCCACAUGUAUAAUUUUCACCAAUUUAUAAACGAAAAUGAUAAAUGUGCAUUGUGAUA